AUGGGUGUGAGAGAUACAGUACGAUCUCAUUGGGCUACCUUGGGGACAAAAUCCGAUAGUAAGCCGGUUGUUCCAACAACGAUAGGUUCAGGGCGGAAUGUGUCAACUGCAGCGCCAGUUGCUGCUACCGCACCAGUUUAUAGCCCUUUUAAAGUGGUAAAAAGUGUCAUUUUCGAUGGUGAUUCAAGACAACCAGAUAUGUUCGAGUUGAAUGAUGUACUUUCGGACCCAUCAUUGAAUGAAGUCUGGUUAUUUUCCUUUGGAUUUCAAAUCAAUCUUAUCAUGUCCCCGAUCAAAGAUCACGUUAAAGUUCAUAUAGUGGGUCAAUUGAACACAAUCAAUUCGGAACAACCGAUAUCGCAUUAUGCAAACCUGAAAGUGCAUCGAGUUGAUAUUCCCUCGCCUUGGGGUUGUCAUCAUUCCAAGAUUAUUUUCUCGUUUCAUCAAAAUGGGACGAUGAGAAUGCAUGUACCGUCAUUUAAUCUAUCUCGUGAAGAGAUGAACUUGGUUCAGCAGACAGUAUGGACCUCACCCCUGUUAUACGAGAAGUCAGAAACAGUACCGAAAAAGAAAUCCCGGUUUGAGGACGAAUUAUUGGAGUACCUUAAUUCGUACUCAUCGUAUACGUCAUUAUAUGGUUUGAUUGCAUCUUUAAAGCGGUACAAAUGGCAUGUCUUGGACGAACAAAAUUGUCAAUUUGUGUACUCAACCCCAUAUAACGGUGGUUUGACACAAUUGAAGUCGUGUUUGAGAGCAUCUGGUAUGAAAUUGCAUGGCGAUGAAGAAGAUGAUGAUCUUUCAUUUGUAAAUCUUUUCAUACAGGUAAGUUCUAUGGGGAACCCAUUCAGAAAAAAAUUCGAUCUCCUACAGGACGUUAUGAUACCGUACUUAUACACCGAUUGGUUCGAAAAGGAUGGGUACGAUAAAAAAUUGAAAUCCAAGGAAUAUACGACACCGUUCCUAGCGCACUCGACAUUGGUAUGGCCUACUAAAACCGAGAUCAAAGAGUGUAUGACACAGGGGCUAAGUGCAAAUUGGUUUUUUUACAAAAGAUCAGAACAAACUGAGAGGAAAGUAGUGCCUUGUUUAAGAAAACAUGUCCCUCUGCCAACAAACGCGACACAGUCCGAUAAGAAUAGGCAUAUGGUUCCAAGCCAUACCAAAUAUUAUAUACAAUUCACAGAUGAAAAUACACUCAAGCGACCAGAUUGGAUACUACUCACCAGUCAUAACCUUUCCCAAGCUGCAUGGGGUCCCAGCCCACUAAAAAAACCUACCAAUUACGAAUGCGGUAUUCUAUACACGACAACCAUGGGGAGAAACAAAGUACGGUUAACACUAGCAAGUGCCCAACAACCGCCAGGAAGAACAAUUGGGUCAAGGGUACCCGAAGACAUAACUGUUCUGCCCACAGUAAAAGUGGUGACGCCGUAUCCAUUGAAAUUUCAGCGUUACUCAGCAACUGACGAACCUUAUACCUCUGUCGUUCAAUGA